AUUUCUAGCAUUCUCAUUUUUCUCGCCGUCCUCCAUCGAAGUGAACGACCACGGUACGAUGGCGUCUUUCUGCCGCUCCGCCGCCGCCGCGGCCAGGUCGGCGGCUUUCCGGUCGAGAUCCCGCAUCACGAAUCCGUUCCCGGCGACAAGGUCGCCCGUCGCCGCUCCGCGCCUCCGCAGGUCCGCGGUGAAGGUGCUCGCGGGCGCGGAGUCGCUGAUGCCUCUCCACAGCGCGGUGGCGGGCGCGCGGCUGCGGUCCUGCAUCGCCGCCGACUCGUCCUGCUGGAGCUGCCUCUCCCAAGACUUUGCUCUACCUCGGUGACAAAGACUGAAGGGACGUGGGCAUUCUACUCGGAACAACACUCCAGAGGGAUCUUGUUUUCCUGUUAUAGAUGCUCGGCUUGGCGAGUCCGCAGCUAGAGAGAUACUGAACUUUGUUUGGUGGUUUGUGUUCGGGUGCACUCUUUUCUUAAUUUGUAGCAAUUCCUGGAGGAGGCUGAAAUGUCCUUUUUACUAUAUUAACCGUGCCUCUCGUGCCAAAUCUGAAAAUGUGUUUCGUUAUUCUUCAUGAAGACAAAAGCUGAGUUUGAUUCCUCAUC